AUGCCGACUCCGAUCAAACGCUCCCAGCGGCCUCGUCGAGACUCGGCGCGCAAAGAGCUUGUCUCCGAGCGCCCGGACGAUUCGUCUCCCUCAAGACCUGCAAAGCGCAGAAAGAAGGCCGAAGACUCACCGACGGAUAUCGUCGAGGAGGAGGGCUCGAGCCUUGUUGCCGACGAGUCUACCAUUAAUCUCAAUGAUUACGAUCAAGUCGUCUCUCGAGUCGCGCAACAUCUACUUGCACCGCGCGACCAAACCAUCCAAGCGAGCAAGGAUCACUCUAAUGCGAUACAUGAAACAAACAAAGCUGGUGUCCAGGCCUAUGCCAAAAUCGCGGCUCAGGAUUGGACAUUCUAUGUGACGAAGCUUGCCGUCAACAUUGGUCGUUCCUCAGACCCUCCUCCGCAGCAUCCGGAGGGGUAUGAUCCAGAGUCGGAUGAGGAGCAUAUCCACAUUGAUCUCGGGCCCAGCAAGAUGAUUUCACGUCAGCAUGCCAUUAUCUACUUCAACUCGAACCAAGAAAAAUGGUUUCUACAGGUCAAAGGGCGCAACGGCGUCAAGGUUGAUGGCAACAUCAUGAAGUCGGGACAGAGCGGCCCGUUGGCGAGCGGAGAAGUUAUCGAGAUUGGUGGCAUUGAGAUGAUGUUUGUGCUGCCUUCGGACCUCAGCCCUCUGCACAUCCAUCACACCUAUCUUCAGCGCGCUGGUCUCUCCAAGGAUGACUUUCCUAGUUCAGCCCAAAAACACCCGGUCCCCAAUCUCGACUUUCGCGCGGCCAGCAAGCAAUUGCGCCCGCUCCUCCAGACUACAAGCGACCUGGUACUCCACCUUCCGUGA